CAGCCGCAAAAACACCUGCUCGUUGGAGACAACUCUGACUCAAAGGUUACUUUAGAUGGCUUCUGUUGUCACAGUGGAGAAGAUAGAUCCAUGAUGGUCAAAUUACGCGGACUUCGAAGUUAAAAGACAGAAACUUUGGAUUCCAUCUUGACUUACAGUAUGACUGUAGACCUCAAAUUUAACUUCUUAGUGCACCGAUCUCCUGAGCGAACCAUGUGAGGAACAUUGCUGGGGCAAAGGACGAACGCAGGGAACGCGGCCGCUUGCCUUUCCCAGGAUGGAUCGGAGGAAGAACUGGCCUCGGCUACUGGACUCGGACGGCUGCUCGGUGGCCUUAGUCUGUCUCUUCCUGGCCUCGCUUUCCCGCAACGUCUCCAGCAAUGCCUUGUUCAGCACCUUCCACUCCGAGAACCGGGACUGGACCUUCAACCACCUGGCUGUCCACCAAGGCACCGGAGCCGUCUACGUUGGGGCCAUCAACCGGGUUUACAAGCUCUCAGGGAACCUGACCAUUUUGGUGGCUCACAAGACGGGUCCUGAGGAGGACAACAAGUCUUGCUACCCGCCGCUCAUCGUGCAGCCGUGCAGCGAGAUCCUGACCCUCACCAACAAUGUCAACAAGCUGCUGAUCAUCGACUACUCUGAGAACCGGCUGCUGGCUUGCGGGAGCCUCUACCAGGGCGUCUGCAAGCUGCUGCGCCUGGAUGACCUCUUCAUCCUGGUGGAGCCGUCGCACAAAAAGGAGCACUACCUCUCCAGCGUCAACAAGACGGGCACCAUGUACGGCGUGAUUGUGCGCUCCGAAGGCGAGGACGGGAAGCUCUUCAUCGGCACGGCCGUCGACGGGAAGCAGGAUUAUUUUCCCACCCUCUCCAGCCGCAAGCUUCCCCGGGAUCCAGAGUCAUCAGCCAUGUUGGAUUAUGAGCUGCACAGUGACUUUGUGUCCUCCCUUAUCAAGAUCCCCUCGGAUACGCUGGCCCUUGUUUCUCACUUUGACAUCUUCUACAUCUACGGUUUCGCCAGCGGCAAUUUUGUCUAUUUUUUGACUGUCCAGCCAGAGACGCCCGAAGGAGUGUCCAUCAACUCCGCCAGUGACCUCUUCUACACGUCUCGUAUUGUCCGGCUCUGCAAAGAUGACCCCAAAUUCCAUUCCUAUGUGUCCCUGCCCUUCGGCUGUGUCCGAGGGGACACCGAGUACCGCCUCCUGCAAGCCGCUUACCUCUCCAAGCCGGGAGACGUGCUGGCCAGGUCCCUCAACAUCACGCCCCAGGAAGAUGUCCUCUUUGCCAUCUUCUCCAAGGGGCAGAAGCAGUACCACCAGCCGCCGGACGACUCGGCGCUCUGCGUCUUCCCGAUCCGUGCCGUCAACGCGCACAUCAAGGACCGCCUGCAGUCCUGCUACCAGGGGGAAGGCAACCUGGAGCUCAACUGGCUGCUGGGCAAGGACGUGCAGUGCACCAAGGCGCCGGUUCCAAUCGAUGACAACUUCUGCGGGCUGGACAUCAACCAGCCCCUGGGCGGGUCGACGCCGGUGGACGGGGUGCCGCUGUUCAGCUCCAGCCGGGACCGCAUGGCAUCCGUCGCCUCCUACGUCUACAACGGCUCCAGCGUGGUGUUCGUGGGGACCAAGAGCGGCAAGCUGAAGAAGAUCCGAGCAGAUGGUCCUCCCCACGGUGGAAUUCAGUAUGAAAUGGUCACGGUUUUCAAGGACGGGAGCCCUAUCCUUCGAGACAUGGCCUUCUCCAUUGACCAGAAGUACCUGUACGUCAUGUCGGAACGGCAGGUGUCGCGGGUGCCGGUGGAGUCCUGCGAGCAGUACACGACGUGCGGCGAGUGCCUGAGCUCCGGGGACCCGCACUGCGGCUGGUGCACCCUGCACCACAUGUGCUCGCCGAGGGACAGCUGCGAGCGGGCGGACGAGCCGAACCGCUUCGCUGCCACCAUCGGCCAGUGCAUGAGCGUCACCGUGCAGCCCAGCAGCAUCUCCGUGUCCGAGCACAGCCUCCCGCUCAGCCUGCUGGUGAGCGACGCGCCAGACCUCUCGGCCGGGAUCACCUGCCUCUUCGGAAACCUCACGGAGGUGGAAGGCAGCGUGUCGGGCAGCCGGGUUGUGUGUGUUUCGCCCGCGGCGAAGGAUGUCCCGGCCAUCCCCAUGGAGCAAGACUGGUUCGGCCUCGUGCUGCAGCUCAAGUCGAGGGAGACUGGCAAGACCUUCGUGAGCACCGAGUUCAAGUUCUACAACUGCAGCGCCCACCAGCUGUGCCUGUCCUGCGUGAACAGCGCGUUCCGCUGCCACUGGUGCAAGUACCGGAACCUCUGCACCCACGAUCCCACCACGUGCUCCUUCCAGGAGGGCCGCAUCAACGUCUCCGAGGACUGCCCGCAGCUCCUGCCCGCCGAGGAGAUCCUCAUCCCCGUGGGAGAGGUGAAGCCCAUCACGCUGAAAGCGCGCAACCUGCCACAGCCGCAGUCGGGGCAGCGCGGCUACGAGUGCGUGCUCAGCAUCCAGGGCGUGAUCCACCGCGUGCCCGCCCUGCGCUUCAACAGCUCCAGCGUGCAGUGCCAGAACAGCUCGUACCUCUAUGACGGGAUGGACAUAAGCAACCUAGCAGUGGACUUUGCCGUGGUGUGGAACGGGAACUUCGUUAUCGACAACCCGGAGGAUUUGAAAGUUCACCUGUACAAGUGCGCGGCGCAGCGCGAGAGCUGCGGGCUCUGCCUCAAGGCGCAGCAGAAGUUCGCGUGCGGCUGGUGCAGCGGCGAGGCCCGCUGCACCCUGCGGCAGCACUGCAGCACCACGGCCGCCCAGCCCUGGCUCCACUGGUCCAGCAGGAACGUCAAGUGCUCCAACCCGCGCAUCACCGAGAUCCUGACGGUGUCGGGCCCCCCGGAAGGCGGCACCCGGGUGACCAUCCGCGGCGUGAACCUGGGCCUGGACUUCUCCGAGAUCGCGCACAACGUGCAGGUGGCGGGGGUGCCGUGCGCGCCCCUGCCCGAGCGCUACGUCGUCGCCGAACAGAUCGUGUGCGAGAUGGGGCAGGCGCUGCCGGGCGUCAGCUCCGGCCCCGCGCUCCUCUGCAUCGGUGAGUGCAAGCCCGAGUUCACGGCCAGGUCCGCGCAGCACUACGUGUUUGUGAAUCCAGCCAUCAGCUUCCUGCAUCCCAGCCGCGGCCCCGAGUCGGGAGGCACCAAGGUGACCAUCACGGGCCACUACCUGGGCGCAGGCAGCAGCGUCUCCGUGUCCCUGGGGAACCAGACCUGCGAGUUCCACGGGAGAUCCAUGAGCGAGAUCGUGUGCGUGGCGGCCCCGUCCGCGCACGGCCUGGGCUCCGUCCACGUCUCCGUGAGUGUCGACCGGGCCCAGCUCGAGAGGACCCUGCUCUUCGAGUACAUCGACGAUCCCAAAGUGCAGCACAUCGAGCCCGAGUGGAGCAUUGCCAGCGGCCACACGCCCCUGACCGUCACCGGCUCCAACCUGGACGUCAUCCAGGAGCCCAGGAUUCGCGUCAAGUACAACGGAAAAGAGUCUGUUAAUGUCUGCAAGGUGGUGAACGCCACCACGCUCACGUGCCUGGCUCCCGCCCUCACCCCCGAGUACCGGCCUGGCCUCGAUGCCGUCGAGCGCCCGGACGAGUUCGGCUUCAUCUUCAACAACGUGCAGGCUCUGCUGGUUUACAACGACACCAAGUUCAUAUACUACCCAAACCCGACGUUUGAGCUCCUGAGCCCCACUGGCAUCCUGGAGCAGAAACCCGGCUCGCCCAUCAUCCUCAAGGGUAAAAACCUGUGCCCGCCGGCUCCAGGAGGAGCGAAGCUGAACUACACCGUGCUCAUCGGCGAGACACCCUGCGCCGUCACCGUGUCGGAGACACAGCUGCUGUGCGAGCCCCCCAACCUCAGCGGGCAGCACAAAGUGAUGGUGCGCGUCGGCGGCGUCCUCUUCUCCCCCGGCGCGGUGAGCAUCGUCUCGGACAGCCUGCUGACCCUGCCGGCCAUCGUGAGCAUCGCUGCCGGCGGCAGCCUGCUCCUCAUCAUCGUCAUCAUCGUGCUCAUCGCCUACAAGCGCAAGUCCCGCGAGAACGACCUCACCCUCAAGAGGCUCCAGAUGCAGAUGGACAACCUGGAGUCGCGGGUGGCCCUGGAGUGCAAGGAGGCCUUUGCAGAGCUGCAGACAGACAUCAAUGAAUUAACCAGCGACCUGGAUCGCUCGGGAAUCCCGUAUCUUGACUAUCGGACGUACGCGAUGAGGGUGCUCUUCCCAGGCAUCGAGGACCAUCCUGUGCUGCGGGAGCUGGAGGUCCAAGGCAACGGGCAGCAGCACGUGGAGAAGGCCUUGAAGCUCUUUGCGCAGCUCAUCAACAACAAGGUGUUCCUGCUGACGUUCAUCCGCACGCUGGAGCUGCAGCGCAGCUUCUCCAUGCGCGACCGCGGCAACGUGGCCUCCCUCAUCAUGACAGGCCUCCAGGGCAGGCUCGAGUACGCCACCGACGUGCUCAAGCAGCUGCUCUCCGACCUCAUCGAGAAGAACCUGGAAAACAAGAACCACCCCAAGCUGCUGCUGCGCAGGACCGAGUCGGUGGCCGAGAAGAUGCUCACCAACUGGUUUGCCUUCCUCCUCCACAAGUUCCUCAAGGAGUGCGCUGGAGAGCCCCUCUUCAUGCUCUACUGUGCCAUCAAGCAGCAGAUGGAGAAAGGCCCCAUUGAUGCCAUCACGGGAGAAGCGCGGUACUCGCUGAGCGAGGAUAAGCUGAUCCGGCAGCAAAUCGAGUACAAAACUCUGAUCCUCAGCUGUGUGAACCCAGAUAAUGAGAACAGUCCAGAGAUCCCCGUCAAGGUGCUGAACUGUGAUACCAUCACUCAAGUCAAGGAGAAGAUCCUAGAUGCAGUAUACAAAAAUGUCCCGUAUUCUCAGAGACCGAGAGCUGUUGACAUGGACUUGGAGUGGCGCCAGGGCCGGAUAGCUCGCGUGGUGCUGCAGGAUGAAGACAUCACCACCAAGAUUGAAGGAGACUGGAAGCGCUUGAACACCUUGGUGCAUUAUCAGGUGUCGGACCGCUCGGUGGUGGCCCUGGUCCCCAAGCAGACCUCCUCCUACAACAUUCCCGCCUCCGCCAGCAUAUCCCGGACGUCCAUCAGCAGAUACGACUCCACGUUCCGGUACACGGGCAGCCCCGACAGCCUGCGCUCCCGGGCCCCCAUGAUCACCCCGGACCUGGAGAGCGGCGUCAAAGUCUGGCACUUGGUCAAAAACCACGACCACGGAGACCAGAAGGAAGGGGACCGGGGCAGUAAGAUGGUGUCCGAGAUCUACCUGACGAGGUUAUUAGCUACAAAGGGCACGCUGCAGAAGUUCGUGGACGACCUGUUUGAGACGCUGUUCAGCACGGUGCACCGGGGCAGCGCGCUGCCGCUCGCCAUCAAGUACAUGUUCGACUUCCUGGAUGAGCAGGCCGACAAGCACGGCAUCCACGACACGGACGUGCGGCACACCUGGAAGAGCAACUGCCUCCCUCUGCGCUUUUGGGUGAACGUGAUCAAAAACCCGCAGUUCGUGUUCGACAUCCACAAAGGCAGCAUCACGGACGCCUGCCUCUCGGUGGUGGCCCAGACCUUCAUGGACUCGUGCUCCACCUCGGAGCACCGCCUGGGCAAGGACUCCCCCUCCAACAAGCUGCUCUAUGCCAAGGACAUCCCCAGCUACAAGAGCUGGGUGGAGAGGUACUACGCAGACAUCGCCAAGCUGCCCGCCAUCAGCGACCAGGACAUGAACGCCUACCUCGCGGAGCAGUCGCGCCUGCACGCCGCCGAGUUCCACAUGCUGAGCGCGCUCAACGAGAUCUACUCCUACGUGAGCAAGUACAGCGAAGAGCUCAUCGGGGCUUUGGAGCAGGAUGAACAGGCACGUAGGCAGCGUCUGGGAUACAAAGUAGAACAACUUAUAGGUGCCAUGUCUAUUGAGAGCUGAAGAAAGGUGGUGAUGCUCACGGAGAAGAGCAGCGCAGCGCAAGGACUCGGGAAUAAAGAGCGCAAGCAAGAAAGGCACGGGACACACACGGACCCCAAGGUGUUUUCUGGAGGGAGCAGACACUGACCCGAGGAAUGGUUGUGUCCAAACCCCCGUGGAAUGCAGGUUGGAAAGACAAGGCAAACAUAGACAAAGCAUCUCAAUCCAAAUCCAGUCAAGACGGAUCAAUUCUUCAAGUAUACAUGGCAGGAAGGAACCUAGAAAGUCUGGAUGUCUCCAUGACUGCUGCUUUGCAUGAAAAUUGUUUGAUGUAUAUUAGGAAGUAAAACUUUAUUUAAUUUUUUU